AUGCGACAACUGUCGAUGCCUCCAAAUACGGGGCCGGCCAUCUCUUACCAGAGACAGUCCUUCGAACCUGCAGUGCUUCUCCGGGAGAAGAGCUCUGCGUUCAAUCUCCCUCAUCGUGAAAGCCCUUAUGUUUCUCAGCUCCCCGCUCAUGGCUCUGAUUCCCUUGAGCUUAUGGCUCAUGAUAUGAAGACGUUAGUCCGAAAGGUGCGAGACCUACGCCAUCUUGGGAUCGAGGAUUCCAGAAUCGCUUUACCAAAGAUUUGUGUGGUGGGAGAUCAAUCAACUGGGAAGAGCUCACUCAUAGAAGGCAUGAGUGAGAUCAAGGUCCCGCGUAGCGCGGGUACCUGUACGCGGUGCCCUCUGGAAAUCAACUUGUCAGAGAGUGAGGCAAAUCACGAGUGGACCUGUCAGAUUUCCCUGUGUUUCAACUACAUGUACGAUGGACAGAGAAAGGUCAAAAAGUUACCCAGGAAAUCCCAGCCUCUUGGCCCCUGGAUAGAGCAGGACCAGGUCAAGGUGGACUUCAUCACGUUGACAGACAGGGGAAAAGUCCAGGAAGCGCUCAGGUGUGCCCAGCUCGCCAUCCUGAAUCCUAAAGACGACCCAGAAAACUACAAGCCGGAUCGGAUUCCAGACAUUUACUCCAAGGAAACCCAGGUGAAAUUUUCACCGAAUGUCAUCAGGCUUGACAUCUCUGCGCCAGGUUUUCCUAACUUGUCGUUCUAUGACCUGCCCGGUGUCAUAAGCCAGGCGGAAUUCGAGGAGGAACGUUAUCUUGUUACAUUGGUCGAGAACUUGGUGAAAGAAUAUAUCGCCCAGGAAAACUGUAUCGUGCUCCUGACAUUGCCUAUGACGGAUGAUGCAACAAAUUCGAGCGCAUCACGAAUCGUGAGAGACAUCGCGAAUGCGACGUCAAGGACGCUCGGUGUCCUGACAAAACCCGACCGUGUCGAAGCUCUCCAGCAAUGGAUCGAAAUCCUCAGUGGCGACAAGUUCGCUCUUGGCCAUGGUUAUUACGUUGUCCGUAAUAAUCCUGACCCGUCAGUAGGACACUCACAGGCCCGGCUAGAGGAAGGACAAUUUUUCGCUUCUCCUCCAUGGACGACGAAACUAGGGGCUUUUCAGGCAAGAUUUGGGACUCGAAACCUGCAGACAGCGUUGUCCGGCUUGUUACUAGAGCAGAUCCAGAGGUCCUUGCCUCUCGUUAUUAGCCAGAUUAACGAGAAAGCCGAGCAGAUAGACUAUGAGCUCCUUACGCUGUCUGAACCCCCAUCGGCCAACUUCCCGUAUAUCCUCUGUUCGAAACUGCAUGACCUGAAGUCUCAUAUCAGAGCUCAUAUCGAUGGCGGCUCUAGGGAGCAUCCUAUGCAAAAGAUCUGGGUGAAUAUUGCAAAGGAUUUUGAAGCCGCAAUCAAGAAAACACGUCCAACCAUGAAACUGUCGGCCGAAACGGAAACUUUUCCCCAGCAGCCGGGAGCUGGGGACUCGGACUGUGAAUUGACAGCUAUUCGGAGCACGCUGAAGCGGAAGCCACCUGUGGACGUGAAGCCUCCUGUUGACGUGAAGCCACGACCGUCUGUCCAGGCACAACCCUCUGUCGAGAAUAGGUGUUAUUUCACUUCCCAUUUCAGCGAAUUCAGAUCCGCUGCAAAGGUCUUUCCGCUGGAAGAAAUUCGCGGCAUAAACGAAGACUCUAUCAGCACAGGUAUUCAGGAGGAGAUCAACCCAAAAGCAGUCGAGACUAUGAACCAGAUUUCCGUUCGGCACUGGGUUGAACCUCUUAAGAUCUUUCUUUCUGUUAGCCAUAAACUGACAAAGGAUACGCUCCUGGAGCAGGUGGAACGGGUCUUUUCGCAAUACAAACAGACUGAUCUUUACGGAAAACUUGUGGGAAUCAUCGAGAAGUUCCUGGCGGAAGUCCGGGAGGAUCACUUUGCCCAAGCAUUUGAACUUUAUCAACUUGAGUACAACAAGCCAUUCACGAUGGCUACUUCAUACAUGAGGAGAGCGAAGGAAGACGCCUCCGCAACUCUCAAAGCUCGUCGACGGGAGGUGAGGGCGCGCCGCUUCCUGGAAUCUCAGGGAAGACUACCUUCGGAGCAGCAGAAAGUAGAGGCCGAGGUCCGCAAACUGAGUGACAGAGACAUGGGACCAGAUCCAUUCGAGAGAGAAAUCGAUAUGAUGGCGACCGUUCGAGGUUACUAUGAAGUAGCCAGCUCGCGCUUCGUUGAUUCCAUAUGCCAGGGCGUUCAUAUAAAGGUCUUCUCGAGAUGCCGUGACGAACUGUUCAUGGUCAUUGAGAAAGAACUUGGCAUACUCGAAGAGAACGGUAAGUACUGCUUAUCUCCCAUCUCCCUGGCAUCAUAUACCGAUAACUAUCGCUUUUGUAGCUAUGGAGCGAUGCCUGGAGUUGAUGGCCGAAGACCCGGAACGCCAAAGGCGCCGACAAUACCUCGUGAAGGAGAAGGCCAAGCUGACCAAGGCUCAGGAGUGGCUUGCAGCAGAAAAAAGGAAGACGAUGACGAUGUGAAGACAGAAUACGAUUAUUCGCUCACUUUCGGCAUUGGCAUGAACCUACAUGACGAGGAUAACAAGACUAUGCUCCAAGUCUGA